AUGGUACCAUUGAAUCUUGGAGUUCAAUUUUCAUUUGUUCAUCUUAAAAUUCACGUUAUCUCUUUUUUCUUAUAUACCUCUCCAACACCAACAUAUGUGAAAAUUUGGAAAAGUAAAACAGUUGGGGAGUUCAAGCCAGAUCCAUAUCUAGCAACCCUAAUGAAUUGCAUGCUAUGGACUUUCUAUGCUACGCCAAUGGUCAAACCAGGCUGCACUCUUGUGAUUAUAAUCGAUGGUGUUGGACUUGCAUUGGCAGCCAUUUAUAUUGGCAUUUUCCUCUUAUAUGCACAAAGGAUGAAAGGAAAGCCAAAAUAUCCUACCUAUCAAGGGAGGAAGUUUAUUGUAACAAAGAGCGUCAACUACAUGCCGUUUUGUUUCUCGUUGGUAAGCUUUCUUAAUGCAGUCGUUCGGGCUCCAUAUGCUGUUAUAGAUAAACUCGAUCUCUAUAUUUUGAUUUCAAGUGGUCUUGGGGUAUUAUUGGGAAUAAUACAUCUAAUUAUAUAUGCUUGCUACUAUAAGGCUACCCCAAAAGAAGAUGAUCAGAUUGAGAAUGCAACUGUUUGA